AAUACUUUUAACUUUAAAUUUUUUAAAAUAAUAAUUACUUGUUAGUUGUAGAUUAUUAUAUUAGCAAUUAUUGUAUUUGGGAUAUAUUCUGGUUGUAGGACCAAUAGGAAGUCAAAUAAAUCGGCUGUGCAACGGUAAUUUCCAUGUGUUGGACCCAAAUCUAAUUUAAUGAAUGCUAGAUCUCAUGUCAUUGAAUUGGACAUAGAGCUGCAUCAAGUUGAAGAAUCAUUAUUAAGUAUUUUUCAUACUUUAUUAUUUCAUCGAUCUUCUGGAAAAUUUGAAUACAAUGAUCAAAGCUAUACAAUAGGAUCUAUUGGAUUAGUAGAUGUUGAUUGUAAUGUUGUUGAUAUCACAUAUGUAAGAUGUGCAUGUGAAGAUUUAGAUCAUAACUUAAAGAAGGAAAUAAAACCAUUUGUUAAUCUUAUGACAUUAAAUAAAGCUAUUAACAAUGCUGGGAUAUCAUUAACAUUUUAUCAAAAGAAACAAGCAAGAUGGCCCUUUCCUGCUGAAUCAAUACCUUGGGAAAUUUGGACUAUUAAAAUUAAUUUAAUAUUUUCACAAAAUGAUGAAGAUAAAUUGAAAAAUCGUGAAAGAUUGAGUGACAAAUUAGCUCAAAAUAUUAUAUUUAUUAUUGAAACUAUAAAUUCUAACAAUUACACACCAAAUACCCCCCAACAUAAUAAUUUAAACACUCUAUUUGAUGUUAGUUAUACUCAAAUUCAACCAUAUUUAUAUAAAAUAAAUUAUCAGAAUAACUAUGAUAAUUCUAUGAGUACAACUAUGAAAAAAUUAUUUAAAGAAACACUGGCACUUUAAUUUAAAUUUUUAUAUUUAAUAUUAUUGGUUAAAAAUUAGUUUAAUAUUUUAAACAUUAUAAUAUAUCAGCUAUUUAUUAAAUUUUACAGGGGAUUUCCCCCUUAGGAAAUUGUGUUUAUCUAUAUAUAAUUUUAAACCAAUAAAAAU